AUGGUGAACGACUGGAUAGUGAUCGGGAUAUCGGGAGUCACGUGCGGGGGAAAGACGACAUUGGCCAACCGCCUAAGGGACGCGUUGGUGCCGGUCUACGUGUUUCACCAAGACAAGUAUUUCCUCCCGGACGACAGCCCUAAGCACGUGAGGUGUCCGGGCGUGGAACACAACAAUUACGACAUAUUGUCGGCUCUCGACAUGGACAAGAUGCACGACGACGUCUUGCGCACUCUGAGAGGGGAGACCAGGGCUCACGCGGUCGACCUCGAGAGGGCCGAGGGGAAGUGGGGCGUGCCCGGAAAGAGCUUCUUGAUUCUCGAGGGCUUCACCGUCCUCAACCACAGGCCCUUGAACGAACUGUGUCACUUAAGGUAUUACUUCGUGCUGGAGUACGGCGAAUGUGCGUCGAGACGCGCUUUGCGGUUGUACGACCCGCCCGACACGGCCGGGUACUUCGAACAAUGCGUUUGGCCCGAGCACUUGCGCUUCAAGGCACAGAUCGAGAAAGACAGUCGCGUUAAGAUGUUGGACGGCACGAGUCCGGACGCUUUCGAAGUCGUCCUGAAAGACCUGACGGAGUCGGGAGCCUCUCGCUUAUGA